AUGUGUUGGAUCAUCCAGAGCUCGUUGGAUCACCUGGCCGGUGCUGGGGCAGCUGGUCAGGCCUGCGGCUGCCCGCUCUACUGGAAGGGCCCCCUGUUUUACGGCGCCGGGGGAGAGCGCACGGGGUCCGUCUCCGUGCACAAGUUCAUCGCCAUGUGGAGGAAAGUCCUCCAGAACUGCCAUGAUGACGCCGCCAAGUUCGUGCACCUGCUCAUGAGCCCCGGGAGCAACCACCUGGUGCAGGAGGACUUCCUCCCCCUCCUGCAGGACAUUGUGAACACGCACCCCGGCCUGUCCUUCCUGAAGGAGGCCAGUGAGUUCCACUCUCGGUACAUCACCACUGUCAUCCAGCGGAUCUUCUACACGGUGAACCGGUCCUGGUCCGGGCGCAUCACCUGCACGGAACUGCGGAAAAGCACCUUCCUGCAGAACGUCUCCCUGCUGGAGGAGGAGGCGGACAUCAACCAGCUGACGGAGUUCUUCUCUUACGAGCACUUCUACGUCAUCUACUGCAAGUUCUGGGAGAUCGACACGGACCACGAUCUGCUCAUCGACGCCGACGACCUGGCCCGCCACAACGACCACGGGAGGAUCACGCUGCAGGACCUGAAGCGGUGCAAGAUGGCCGGCGUGUUCUUCGACACCUUCUUCAACGUGGAGAAGUACCUGGACCGCGAGCAGAAGGAGCAGGUGUCGCUGCUCAGGGACGGCGAGGGCGACGGCGCCGAGGGCUCAGACUGGGAGCGCUACGCCGCCGAGGAGUACGACCUCCUGGUGGCCGAGGAGGCCGCGGGGGACCCCUGGAACGACGGGUACGAGCCUGCGCUCAGCCCCGUGGAUCCCAAGCUGCGGCCCCAGUUGGACGUCAGGCCCUUCCUGGAGGCGCCGGCCGCGCUGGGCGCCGUGGACCUGUACGAAUACGAGGCGGAGGACAGCCCACAGCUGCUGUGACCAUGGGGGGCAGGCCGGGGGCGGCUGGGGGCUCCGUGGAACCCGCACCGUCCUUGACCCGCCCGGCCGGCCGCUGCACACAGCCCUCGCUUCCUGGCGGUCUUUAAAGGAACGACAUGCGUUUGUAUGGAUGAUAAAUUUUUAUUUAUUCA